GCGCCGGCUCCCCGGCUGAGGCAGGCGCGCGCAUGCGUGAGACUGGGACGCUCCUCCUGGAGACGGUUUCCAAGCAGUUGUGCGACUGCGCAGCGUGAGGCCCACUGCCCCCCCCCCGGAAGGAGGGCCCGCUGACCGCGGCUCCGGCGCGCUUGCGCGGUAGCUAGACGCGGGCGUUUCUUUCCUCCCUUUUUUCGGAACUGGGUUUGAGGGGUACAUUCGAGUUACAAGAUGGCGGCGCGGGCCGUGUUCUGCGCGGGUCCCCCGGCAAUUUCCGGCUGAGCGGGUGGCUGUCCCGUCCCUGCCGAUCGCGGAGAGACGUGGCCCUCAGGGGGUAUGGUGUUUGAGGCUCGGGGCUUGCUGGUCACCGAGUCCUUCGAGAAUCUCGGCGCGCCGGAAGCGGCCAGGGGCGCUCCCCCGGCGACGAGCAGUGUGUGCACACCCGAGCGCCGCCGCCGCCGCCGCCGCCGCGCGCUCCGGCUUCGCCGCGCCAACAACCCAGCGAGCGCCGGGGCAGCCGCCCGGGAGGUGGGGACGUUCUCGGUGGCCAGUGAGGAAGUCCUGAAGAACAGAGCCAUCAAGAAAGCAAAGCGCAGGAAUGUGGGCUGUGAAUCUGACAGUGGGGGGGCCUUUAAAGGCUUCAAGGGUUUGGUCGCCCCUUCUGGAGGAGGAGGGUUUUCUGGAUUUGGUGCUUGUGCUGGAACAAAGGCCCUGGAAGGACUGUCCAACGGGAACAGCGUGACCGGCGCCUCCCCCUUCUCCAGUGCCCGGGCCGCCCCCGAGACCAAGGUGGCCUUUGGGUCUGUUGCUGCAAACGGCCCCGUCUCCUUGGCUGAUAGUAAGGUUUCAGAUCCCAAAACCAACGGUGACAGCCAGCAGCCCCCCUCUGCCGGCCCCGCCCCGAGCCCCGCGCCCUGCGGGAGCGCCUACCACAGGCAGCUGGCGGCCUUGAACUGCUGCGUGCGGGACUGGAUCGUGAAGCACGUGAACGCCAGCCCGCUGUGCGACCUGACGCCCGUCUUCAGGGACUACGAGCGGCACCUGGCGGGCAUCGAGCAGCAGCUCGGCAGCGGCAGCGGCAGCGGCAGCAGCAGCGGCGGCGGUGGCGGCGGCGGCGGUAGCGACCCUGCCAAGGAGCCCAGCAGAGUGCCGCUCGACGCCCAGCCUCCUGCCCUGGUUGGUGCAGCCACGUCACAGCAGGAGUCCCCGCUCAUGUUCCCGGGCGACAGGCGGGAGGAGGGCACCCCCGAGAAGAAGGUGGAGGCCCUGCCCGAAAACAAAGCGGACCCGUCGCCCGGAGCAGCAAGUGCCUCGUUUAACUUCGGCAAGAAGAUCGACGGCUCUGUGUUUCGCUUGUUAAACUCGAGCCCCCUGGCCGGGUUUUCCCUUCCUCCUGGGAACUCCAGUUUAUUCGGCAAAGACGCCACCCAGAAUAAACCAGUUGCUCCGCCGUUCUCCAUGCAGACGGCGGAGAGGCGAGCGGACGGCGGCCGUGCUGACUGCAAAGGUGGAGAUGAGGAAGAAAAUGAUGAGCCGCCCAAAGUAGUGGUUACAGAAGUCAAAGAAGAAGAUGCUUUUUACUCCAAAAAGUGUAAACUAUUUUACAAGAAAGACAAUGAGUUUAAAGAGAAAGGCGUAGGCACGCUGCAUUUAAAACCUACAGCGAGUCAGAAGACACAGCUCCUCGUGCGGGCAGACACCAACCUAGGCAACAUUCUGCUGAACGUCCUGGUCCCUCCCAGCAUGCCGUGCACGCGGACAGGGAAGAACAACGUGCUCAUCGUCUGUGUCCCCAACCCGCCCGUGGACGAGAGGAACGCCGCCAGCCCGGUGCCCAUGCUGAUCCGGGUCAAGACCAGCGAGGACGCGGACGAGCUGCACCGGGUCCUGCUGGAGAGGAAGGGCGCCUGAGCCCCCGCGCCGCCGCCCACCAGUUAGCUCUCCUCCUUCCGUUGACAUUCUCAGCACCCGUAGGUGACUGAAAACUUCUGUGAGGAAACCAAUAUGGCCAAUAAACCUUUAACACUUAGUGUCAAGAAACUACUCUGCCUUCUUGAGAGCUAUCUGAUGUGUAAAACACGUUAGGGAGCAAUUUCGGGAAAGAUUUUAUGUUCGUUUACUAAACCAACCACAAGUGAAUUCUUACGGACUGAAUCAGGGUACCGAUUGGAUCUCCAAAGCCUUCCCAGGCCCGAGGUGCGGGCGAGGCCUCUGACGGCGGGGCGCCCAAGGGGCCCGGCCGGAGCCGCCUCCCCCCCCCGUCCGGCGGGCUGGGCUGCUCUGCCAGGACAGCGCUCUUCCCACGUGAGCCGCGCCGCUGCGCCAGGACCGCCAGCCUCGCCGCCUCUGUGCGUGCCUUCCGGGCUGCCUCUGCAUCGGGGGACCGCACCUCCCCUUCUGCGUGGGGCUGCUGGGCGGCGGCCACGGGCCCCCACCCUGGAGGCUGCCGCCUGGGACUCGGGGCCUGCGGCUUCAUUU